GGUCAAAGAUGAGGUCCGCGUCAUGAAGCAAAGCAAAGGAAGCAAGGGAUUGAUUGGGCAAGUAAGUCUCGGAGAAUCCUGAUCACUGCCUCCCGCCCCGCCCCGCUCCCAAGUACAACUGUAGAAGGAAAUCAGGGGAUCGCGAUCUCCAAACCUACCUUAGGGUUUCGAAUUCAACAUCGUAGCAGUCAAGUUUUAUGAACUAAGGCCAUGAAGCCGGGAGUAUCUUCUUUGAAUCCAUAUGCAGCAGCAUACAUUCCCCUCUCCAAAAGGGAGGCAGAUGAUAGAACUUUUGUGACAUCCAAAGAAUCUAGCCGCACCAAUGAUCCACUCUGGUUUGGGGCCCCUCAGAAUAUGACCCACAAUCAAAACCAUAGCAAAGCUUAUCUUGGAUCUGAUUCCCCUGCUACUGCUGCACUUCUCAGUCCAAAGGCGUUUGCUCUAAACAACUACCCUGCCCAUGGUUCUUAUGGUUCAUCGUCACAGAAUGUGAAUGAAGUGACAGCAAAUGAGGAAUUUGAUAUGGAUUUGGAAUAUCUUCAGAUGGCAUUUCCUGGUAUAUCUGAUCAGUCUCUUGCUGAUGUUUACUUGGCGAACAAGGGGGACCUGGAAGCUACCAUUGACAUGCUGAACCAACUUGAGUUCUACACAGUCGAGUCUUCUGAAAGUCUUCCAGACACUUUGGACAUUGGAGAUGUUUCUGAAUCUGGGUUGUCACCAAAUUCUGCAUGGAAACUGAAGAAUGUAGCAGGUGAAGCCAGUGGUUCACCCAAAUCUUAGCUCCUAUCAUCUCCUGUUUGACUUUGUGGAGACAAAAAAUGUCGAAGUGUUUUGCUUUUACAUGUUUGGUUAUGGGUAAAAAGUAUAUAAAAUAGAGGAUAUCUUCUCUUGGGGCAUCAUGCACACACAUAGUUUGACAAUGGUUGUAUAGCUCUAGAUGUUUGUUCUCAAUCUUCUCAUUUCCUAGACCCCUUUGUGUUUCUAUGGGCCAGAAGCUCAUUGUGCGGUUGUCCAUGCAGCUUGCGGAUUUUUUUGAAAUGAAAGUGAUAUGUCACUCAACUGUGAAGUAAAUUGUGCAAUCGAUCAUUUGUUAAUGCAUCUCUCGCUGUUGAUUCGUA